CUUUGAUGUUUUCAUAGAUUAAAAUAGAUUAUUUGUUUUCUUCUUGGAAUUGAUCAGUUCACUUCGUCAUGGGCAGGUACAAUUUCUUAAUCUGCUGGGUUUGCUAUUUGGGGAUGCUACUUGGUUGGUAAAAGGAUUUGGAUUACUUCGAUUCUGCUUAAGGCAAUUACCCUUUGUGUUGACUUUUUCCUUCUGUUUGUGUAGUGAAAGCUGUGUUUAAAUAUGCCUGAUAUGUUUGUUGAUAUGUAUGUUGAUAUGUGUUUAAUUAUCCCGACAUGUUUGUUGGCCUGAUAUGUUUGUCGAUAUGUAUGUUGAUAUAUGUUUAAUUAUCCCGAUAUGUUUGUUUAAUUAUGCCUGAUAUGUAUGUUGUCCAAAUAUGUGACUCUUCUGCUUUAUUGACAUAAAUCAUUAAAGAAACUAAUGAUGUGAUUUCUCUACAUGCUGAUCUAUAUCUGUUAGAAGUAACACUUUUCUGUCUAUCUAUUUAGUUGUUUAUUUUUGCUUAAGAUAAAGUAUUGUUUUGUAAAUGGACCUCUUGUUCUUGUGUAAUAAUCUUAAGAUGGAUAAGUCAUGGAUGCUUGAGGAUCGAAGAUCACGGGCUUAUGAAAUAGGGGUUGAAGCGUUCUUAAAGUUUGCAGUAGAAAAUGCUAGAAAUGAGAAUAGGAUUCCUUGUCCUUGCUGGGAUUAUGGAAAUACAAAAGACUUUGGCAUUGGAAUUAUCAAAGGUCAUUUGUUUAGCUAUGGUAUUACACCAAACUAUCAGAAUUGGAUAUGGCAUGGAGAAUCUUCCAAGUCAGCUUCAAACUUGGACUCUCGUGCUGAUAGUACACGUAAAUGUGGACCUGGUAAUACACAUGAACCUGAAGCUAAUAGUGUAGAUGAACAUGAACCUGUGAUUGACUCUGACUCGGUGCAUAUGGAUGAUAAUAUAUAUGCAUGAUGAUUCUGAAAUACACCCCAAUGAGUUUACCGAUUUCUUUGAGAAUGCAGACCAGCCCUUGUAUCCUGACUGUAAAAACUUUACCAACCUAUCUGCUCUUGUUGAAUGCUAUAACUUGAAAGUGAAAUUUGGGAUGAGUGAUACUUGUUUCGCUUCAAUGUUAAUUAUGGUUGGGAAAUUUCUACCUGAAGGUCAUGGGAUACCUUCUUCUAUGUAUCAAGCAAAGAAGGCUUUGAGCGCUUUGGGCAUGGAUUAUGAGAAAAUUCAUGCAUGCUGCAAUGAUUGUAUCUUGUUCAGAAAUGAUUUUAAAGAUGCAACAACUUGCCCUACAUGUGGUGCUUCGAGGUGGAAGUUAGGCAAGGAUAAAAGAGUGAAGGAGGGGGUCCCUGCGAAGGUGUUGUGGUAUUUUCCACCCAUUCCCAGGUUUAAAAGGAUGUUCGAAACCAGUAAGAUAGCUGAGAAUUUCACUUGGCAUGCAAGUGAUAGGGAGAAUGACUGUCACAUGCGUCAUCUUGCUGAUUCUCCACAGUGGAAACUAGUAAACCAUAAGUGGCCUGAAUUAGGUGAAGAAGCAAGAAACUUGAGACUUGGUCUUUCAACAGAUGGUUUUAAUCCCCACCGUUCACUAAGUAGUAGAUAUAGCUGCUGGCCUGUUAUAUUGGUUACCUACAAUCUUCCUCCUUGGUUAUGUAUGAAAAGAAAGUUCAUGAUGUUAACCUUGCUUAUUUCAGGUCCUAAACAACCUGGAAAUGACAUAGACGUGUACUUAGCACCUCUUAUUGACGAUCUGAAAUCUCUUUGGGUUGGAAUAGAAGAAGUGUAUGAUGCAUAUAGAGCGGAGUACUUCAAACUCAGGGCUGUUUUAUUAUGGACGAUCAAUGACUUUCCGGCUUACGGUAAUUUGUCUGGAUGCAUUGUGAAAGGUCAUAAUGCAUGUCCCAUUUGUGGUGAAGAAACAGAUGGCCAUAGAUUGGUGCAUAGUCAGAAAAUUUGUUAUAUUAAUCAUCGAAGAUUCUUGUCUCGUCAUCAUCCAUAUCGGAAGCAACUUACAACAAAUGGAAAAGUGGAAUUGAGAUCAGCUCCUGUGCCUUUGACUGGACAGCAGGUAUUGCGAAAGGUUGAAGGAUUUAGACCUAAUUGGGGGAAGAAAACUGCUGUUCAUGAACAUGUAAAUGAUAGUGUUAAACGCUGCUGGAAGAAAAAAUCAAUUUUCUUUGAGCUUAAGUAUUGGGACAAACUUUAUGUGAGACACUGUCUUGAUGUUAUGCACAUUGAGAAGAACAUUUGUGAUAGUAUACUUGGUACAUUACUAAACAUACCUGGGAAGACGAAAGAUGGAGUGGCAGCCCGUUUAGAUCUCGUUGACAUGGGUAUAAAGCUUAAUUUAAAACCCAAGGACAGGGAAAAGAAACUGCCUCUAGCUUGGUGGAAUUUAACAAAGGAUGAGAAGAGAGUUAUAUGCCUUAGUUUCUUUGGCAUGAAGGUUCCUGAAGGUUAUUGUUCAAACAUAAAAAAUCUGGUUUCCUUACAAGAUUUGCAACUUCUUGGCCUGAAAUCACACGAUUGUCAUACCUUGAUGCAAGAAUUGCUUCCUAUUGCUAUACAUUCAGUUUUGCCUAAACAAGUGAGGUAUGCAAUAACCAGAUUGUGUUUCUUCUUUAAUUCCAUAUGUGAUAAGGUGGUGGAUAUUUCUACAUUGGAUAAGUUACAAGAGGAUGUGGUGCUUACAUUAUGUCAACUUGAGAUGUACUUUGCACCAAGUUUCUUUGAUAUUAUGGUACAUCUUGUUGUACAUCUUGUCAGAGAAGUUCGACUCUGUGGACCAGUUUGCUUUCGAUGGAUGUAUCCAUUCGAAAGGUUUAUGAAAGUGCUAAAGGACUAUGUACGAAAUCGUAACAGACCAGAAGGUUGUAUGGCAGAGUGCUAUGUUGCUGAAGAAGCUUUAGAGUACUGCUUAAAACAUUCGUCUAACCUCAAUACAGUUGGAAUCCCUUCAACGGAGAAUAAUGGCAGAUCAGAGCCUACUUCAGCAGCCUUUAUAGAAUCAGUAACUGAUGUGUUAUUUAACCAAGCUCAUCUCACUGUAUUGGUGAAUACAGAUGAAGUCCAACCUUAUAUUGACGAACAUAUGGAUUAUUUGAAGAUGACUUAUCCAAGAUUUAAAAAGCAAGAUAGGUGGCUGCAGGAUAAGCAUAUGGCGACUUUUGUUAAAUGGUUCCAAGAGCGAUGUACUCCUCAAAUUGCUGGGAAUGCAUCUGAGAGGGCUAGUUGCUCAUCUGCCAAGGGGAACAGCAUGGAAGAUUCAAAGAAGCAGUUUGUCCAUAUUCAUGAGCAAGACAAUGGAGAAGAAAAAAGCCAAAACUCAAAGGGAAAACCAUGCAAGUUAGCCGUCGACUUGGUUGAUAAUAUAGUUGCGCGUGGUACCGUACUAGAAAUUGAUGCAACCAACCCAACCAUUCAUGGUGUUCCUUUAGGAAAAGGCAAUGAACGGGUUGUAGUUGAUAUAGUUAUAGACGCUGAAGCAUUUUUGCCUUUCCCUAUUAAAGAUGAUGACAUAUUCACUGUAGGCCAAGCUGUAGGUUAUGUGAUGGCUUGGCAUAAACAUCUAGUCAUAUUAACAGGAGUGGAGAUUCCUAGAAAGUGUAAGCAUACUGUUGAAAAACUCCCUAAAGCCCCAGAGAUGGACUUUCAUGGAAUGCCAAAAUCAUUGAAAAUAUUAUGCCGUUAUGCACAAAAUAUGAUCAAGAUGAAUGGGAACUGCAUUGUGUUUGAUAUGGAAGAGAGAGUAUUUGGGUCACCUCGACCCACUCACAUCUUGAAUGAAGAUAUCUUACAGCUUGGAGGCAUGGAGAAAUUAUCAGCCACUUGCAUAGUAAUUUAUAUGAGGUACUUAUAUACUGUGCUUGAAGAGUUAGACAUGGUAGGCUCUGUUAGUUUUGUUGAUCCUGCUGUAAUCUCUGCUCCAUGGUGUGGGACAAGUUUUGUAAGAUCCCGUAAGUUAGCAGACCGAUUCAAAGGAGCACAGAAUGAUCAGAUGUUCUUUAUCCCUUACAACUCCGGUGAUCAUUGGAUGUUAACGAUUGUCCAUCCAGUCAAGGAGACGAUCUAUUUUGUUGACUCAUUUUAUCAGAGCAUAAUUGACAGUGAAUGGAAACAUGUUGUGAAUGAUGCCAUUAAUAUAUUCAACCGGCAAAGGAAUAAGCAAGGACGUAAAUCUCCACUAUGGAAAAUCCUGAUGGGUGCUCCAAGACAACCGACAAACAAAGAAUGUGGCUAUUACGUCAUGCGCUUUAUGAGGGACCUAAUCCUUGAAGAUAUUCAAGGUGUACUAGCUAAGGUAUAUAUAUUCAUUGUUUAAGUUGUUCAACGUUUGCUGGCAUGAUCAUGUGGUAGCUUCAAUUGGUUGCUUGGCCUGGAUUGGUACUCCAUCUUGCUGCAUUAUGUCCUUAAAAGAAAUUUAGUUUAGCUUCAAGGUUUCCGUUUGAGAUUGUAACUUCUGGCAUGACUUCAUUGUUUUUUAGGUAACUAUUGCAUGAUUAAUGCAUCUUGUGUGAGAAAUUUGCAUUAUGUUUCAUUUAUAUAUUCAGAAGUAAUUCAUUAUAUGCAUAGUAACAAAUCUGGCAUAGGGAUAAUUUCCUAAAUCUCUAGAUAUCUAUAUGAUUAUGAAGAAAGGCUAAAAGCUUAAAGAACAUGAUAGUCAUCAUGAUUACUUUUCCCCAUUAAUCAUCUUUAGAAAUUUUACGAACUCUGACCUUCCCAGCAACAAAUAUCUGCU